UAAAAAGUUUGUUGACAGUUAAAUUAUUAGUGUUGUUCCAAAAAUAGGAACAAGAGUCGCGUGGAAGUCAUUUUUCGAACAUUGAAAAAAAAAAUUUUUCUCAGAUUUAUCAGAAUCAAAAAAAGCUAUAAAGUUGACUCGAUUUAAGGUAUUUAAGGAUUAAAAAAUUAGUAAAAAAUGCUCAUCAAGGAAUUUCGAGUUACAUUGCCAUUGACCGUAGAAGAGUAUCAAGUAGCACAACUGUAUUCAGUUGCUGAAGUCUCAAAAAAUGAAACAGGAGGUGGCGAAGGAAUUGAAGUAUUAAAAAAUGAGCCAUUCGAAAACUUUCCAUUGCUUGGUGGAAAAUAUUCAUCAGGCCAGUAUACUUAUAAAAUAUAUCAUUUGGCAUCGAAAGUUCCCACUAUGAUUCGGCUACUAGCUCCAAAAGGCUCAUUAGAAAUUCAUGAGGAAGCUUGGAAUGCAUACCCGUACUGUAGAACAGUAAUUACGAAUCCUAAGUGGAUGAAGGAGAAAUUUUCAUUGACAAUCGAAACCCUUCAUGCAAAUGAUUGUGGUGAUAGUGAAAACGUUCAUGAACUUACUGGAGAGAAAUUAAAAAUACGUGAAAUCGUACAUGUUGAUAUCGCAAAUGAUCAUAUUGCCUCUGCUGAUUAUCGUGAAUCAGAAGAUCCAACUAAAUUUAAGUCAGUGAAAACAGGACGUGGACCUCUUUUGGGACCAGACUGGAAGAAAAAAGUCAACCCAGUGAUGACAUGCUAUAAAUUGGUUACAUGUGAAUUCAAAUGGUUCGGUCUACAAACAAGAAUAGAAAACUUUAUUCAAAAAUCUGAGCGUCGACUUUUCACAACGUUCCAUAGACAAGUUUUCUGCUGGAUCGAUAAAUGGCACGGCCUUACAAUGGAAGACAUUCGAGCACUUGAAGAUAAAACCAAAGACGAGUUGGACAAGCAAAGACAGUUAGGAGAGGUUCGAGGAAUGCGCGGGGAUGACGAAUAAAUUAAUAAUUCUCAUCGCUGAGAAUUUGUGAAUGAUUUCCAUUAUGAUUCCUUUAUUUUUUAUUAAAAAGUUUCUUUUUAUACUUUGGCUCAAUUUAAAUCUUCUUUUUUUAUUAAUUAAUUAAUUAAUAUACUUUGUGCUUCUUGGUUACUCUGUAUUCCUUAUUAUUGUUUAAAUAAUCACAAACGGUUAUUAAAAGUACUUUAUUUUUCAA